AUGCCACACGGGAGAAGCACAUGUCUAGGCGCAUCGCAGAGGAAGGCUGAUUCGUUAUGUACGUCCGUUUCUCAGGGAACCAGUUAUGGUGCUCCGAAUAACGGUGGUUACACGGCCGGUUACCGUGGCCCGUACGGCACGUCGGCUGUCCCGGGCACAGCCGGUUACAUCUCCCCGUACGGUUACAACUCCGGUUCAUCUGCCUCCAACGCGUCUUACGGACCCCCGUACCGUGGACCACCCCCAGGGGCGGCGCCCGCCUAUAUUUCCGCCGCUCCCGCAGCUGCACCGCCUUCCGCUUUUGUUUCCGCCACUGGCGCAACCCGGGGGGUGGGAGGCGGAGCAGCCGUCCCCGCGAGCGCAGCAGGCGGAUUUGUGGGCGCAGGAAGAAGCGGAACCAACCCCGCAUGGGCGGGCACGUCCGCCGCCUCUGCCGCCGCCGCCGCUAUUCUGGCGGAAGCGGAUAGAGACGAGGACCCGGGGGGGAGACGGAGCUACAGCCACAGCUACAACCAAGGCUACGGCCACGCUAGCGCGCAGAGCGCCAGUCAGGCGCACGCGCCGGGGGGAAACAGUCACGCGGCUUCCCGCGUGUCGUCUGCGCGCUCCUCUAUAAGCAGCUCCAGUAACCGCAGCUCGCCGCGGUCCGACGCGACGGAUAGAAGCGCGCGCAGGGCGCGGCGGAAAGCGUUUACCGCCAGCGGAGCCGGCGCGGGGAACUCCGCCGUUUCCGCGUCCCUGUCCGCGGGCGCGGCGGACAGCGGGGGGAGCUCGGAGGGGAAGCGGCGGGAGCGGUCCGCCCGCGCGCGGUUACCGCGGAAUGGGUCUGUGGGGAGCCUGGUUGGGGAGUCGUCUGGGGGGAAUGGGUCCGGGGCGGUGGCGGGGGGGAGGGGGUCCGCGGAAGAGGACGGGGGAGCGCAGUCGCGGGAGCGGGGGCAGCUGGCGCAUGGGCAGGCGCGCCCAGUACAGCCGCACUCGCUACAGUCACACCCGCUACAACCGCACUUGCUACAGCAGGAGCAUCAGCAUCUGCAUCACCAGCAGGCGCAGGCACAACAGCAGUACCAUCACUACCAACAGCAGCAGCAGCAGCAGCAGCAGCAGAAUUAUGGGAGCGGGGAUACCAGGCACGGCGGAAGCGGGGAGGCGCUGGGCGGGGGGAGAGGGGAGGCGGACGGCGGAGCGGGCGGAGGGGGCGGGGCGGGAGUGGUGGACUGGCGCGGGUGGAAGGUGACGCGGAGGUUGGAGUUUGAGGGGGCGGACUGCGCGCUGAUAAAGGCGUUCCUGGGGGACAGGGACGCGUGGGCGUGUCUCGAGGAGAGUGCAGCGAAUCGAAUCUACAUCUUUGAAUAUCUCAACACUGUCCGGACCUCCCACCCGGCUCUACUGCAGACCUACCAGACGGUCCUGCUGUCCCACGGGCUGACCACGGAAAGCCUCAAGGCGCAGAGGCGGGAGGUGCUGCAGCUGUUCGCAGUGCUGCUCACGGCACAGGACGGGCUGUGGAAGCUCAAGAAGGGGCAGCUUUUAGACCUUAUCUGCCACUCAGACGCCUGGAAGAAGGCACAACAAGCACAAGCAGCACAGCAGGCACAACAGGCUCAACAAACACACCAGGUUCAAAUACGGGCAGUUGCGGGUGGGGAUGAGCGGAGUGCGGUGGGAGAAAGGGUGGUUGAGGCGACGGGCGGUGCUGCUAGGGAUGUGAUGGCUGGUGGGAUAGCGGCCAGGGUGCCCAUGUUUCGCCCGGCUCCCCCGUCUAGCAGCCCGCCAGCCCUCUCCCCUAGGCCCUGGCGCGGUAAAGCUGCUGCAACGCACUCGCCCUCUGCUGCAGCUGCUGCUGCUGCUGCUGCUGCAACGCCUGCGAGCACUGCUGCAGUGGAAGCGAAUCCAGCAGCUGCAGAAGCAGCGGUUACAGCAGCGACAGUCUCUGCUGCUUCUUCUGCUUCUGCUGCUUCUUCUGCUUCUUCUGCGUCUGCUGGUGCUUCUGCCAGUGAGCACGAGGGAGGAGAGGGCAUUUUCUCCUCCUCCUCCUCGUCCAUUCUCCCUUCCACUUUCUCCCUGUUCUUCAAACCUAAGAUCCCUGCAGCUCCCACUUCCAGGCCUCCCUCCUCGUCCACACACACCCAAACCUCCACUCCAGCACAGGGGUCUGGGUACGGAGGGUAUGGAGGGCAGGGAGGGCAGGGAGGGCAGCAGGGAGGGCAGCAGCAGGGGGGCCAGGGAGGGUACGGAGAGAGUGCAUAUGGGGGGGGAAUGCAGAGUCUGGCUCAGAGAUUCGGUGCUGCUUUUGCUCGCUCGUUCUCUGCAGGAAAGGAGCUGGCCUCGGGUGCUGGUGGUGGUGGUGGUGGCGGUGCUGCUGGCGGUGAUGAUGCUUCUGUUGUACCUGUGAGGAUGGAGGAAGAGGAUGAGGAUGAGGAGGAGGAGGAUUUGUAUGGAGAGGGGUAUGGGGAGGAGGAAGAGGAGGAGGAUUUGUACGGGGAGGAGAGUGGGGGUGUGGUGGGAGGGGGAGUGAGGGAGGAGGAAGAGGAGGGGAGUGUGGAGGGGAGGGAGGCGAAUGGGGUGAGUGAAGGGGAGGAGGGGGAGAGUGGGGAGGAGAGUGAGGGAGAUGGAGAGAGCAGGGGUGGUGGGGGGAAAGAGGAGGAGGACGAGGGGGGAGGAAUGGGGGUGCUUAGACUGCCGAGUAUACGGGUGGGGGAUAUGCGGAGAGUAAUGCAGGAGAAAAGGGAACAGCAGGAGUGGGAGGUGCAGCAACAACAGGAGCGGCAACAGCAGCAGCAACAGCAGCAGCAACAGCAGCAGCAGCAGCAGCAGCAGGAAGGGGAAGGGGAAGGAGAAGGAAUCUUGAGGUUGCCAAGUAUACGUGUGGGGGAUAUGAGACGAGUCAUGCUGGAGAAACGGAAACAGCAGGAGAGGGAGUUACAGCUGCAAAGAGAGAGAGAGGCAUUGUUGCAGGAGCAGCAGAGGCGGCAGCAUGAGGAAGAGGCAUGGCGGAGGGAGCAGCUGAAGAAGCAGCAGGAGGAGGAGGAGUGGUGGCAGCAGCGGCAGCAGCAGCAGCAGCAGCAGCAGCAGAAGGAGGAGGAGCAGCAGAAGCAGCAGCAGCGGCAGCAGGAAGGCAGGGGAAACCACCGAAUUCAGGGCGAUUCAGUGAAAUCCGACGUGUAUAGAUCGAAUAGCAAUGGUAGUAGUGCUGUGGACGCCCCUUCGGUGAUCCGACACAGUUCUGGAGAGUCUUCUAACGGGGAUGCGGGCAGUUCCGCUUUCACCGCCUCGCUGGCAAGCGGCGCUGCUGCCACGUCUGUAGCGGCAGCCAAGGCUGCUCAAGCACUAGCAGCCUACAAACGCUCCUCCACCCCCCCUAGGAGCCCUGUAGAUCACGAUACGUGGGAUUCGGGGGAGGAGGAGGAGGGGGAGGGGAGCGGGGGAUGGGGGGGAGCGAUUGGGAGGAAAGGCAAGGCUGCGAGCUAUGGGGGAGUGACUUAUUCGGAGCGAGGGGGAGGGUCAGGGGAAGGUGGGAGAGUGAUUGGGGGAACGUUAGGUGGGGUGGUUGGGGAGAUGGCAGGAGGGGGACUAGGAGAGUCGGUGAUAAAUGCAGGAGGGGAAGGGAGAGGAGUGAGGGGAGGAGAAGGAGCAGAAGGAGCAGGAGGAGACAUGAAUGUUCCAGGGGAUAGUGUGGCUGGUGGCAGUGCGGUUGGUGGCGGUGUGAUGGAUAGCAGUGCGGUUGGUGCCGGUGCGGCUGGUGGCAGUGUGUGGCAGGGUAGGGAGUGGUUGGGAGGGGUGGAGGUGUUUGGGAGUGCCAUUGACAACAUGUGGAGCCCGCUUCCUGUGUUCAUGGGGGGCAAUGCAGGCGCACAGUCACACGGAAUUACCCCAUCCAGUGGUGUGCCGAAUAGGGUUACCAUACCGGUUACCCCGUCGAGUGUUGUUUCUGGUUACACCCCCGUCGCUCCUCUCCGCACCCCUCCUUCCUUCCUCGCUCGCCAAAACUCCGCCCCUCCUGCUACACCCAUGGGAAAGCCUGGGGGUUUUGCCACUGCUUGGGGUACUGAUGCUGGUGCUGCCGGUGCUGCCGGUGCUGCUGGUGCUGCUGGUGCUGCUGCAGCUACUGCUGGCAACACGAACGCUGCUGCUGCCGUUGCUACAGCUGCCACAGCCGCUACAGCCGGCGCUACAGCCGGCGAUACAGCCCGCUCUGCUCGCUCGUUUUUUGCCACGGAGCUGCGGUGCUCCCUGUGCGGCCACGUGGACCUCUGCCAGCUGGACGCCAGCCUGGCGCGUGACGUGGCGGAGCUGCACGCACGAAGGCAGAAGCAGAUGGAGGAAAGGCAGGGGCAGAAAAGGCAGGUGCAGCAGCAGGGGAGAGAGAAGCUAAGGGAGACGCAGCAGGUGGGGCAGAAGAAUGGGAAGCAGGAGGGGUGCUUGGUUUUGCAGGCGCUGCAGCGAGGGGUGUGGAGGAAUAGAGGACUCACUCAGGAUGUGCUACAGCAGCUGGGAGUGGGCAUGCUGCAGGUGUGCAGUGCAGCAGCAGCUGGGAGUAGGCAUGCUGUAGACGCUGCUGGGAGUGGGUAUGUUGUUUGCAGAUCCUCGCUUCCAUUCUUAAUCCUCGCUUCCAUUCUUAAGCCGCUCCCGGGAGUGGCGUGGCUGUCAAAAUACGAGCUGGUGGCAACCGUGGUUGCAGAGAGGGAGAAGAGUGAAUCGUGCUUGCUAUUACGGACCUCUUUCUUUUUCCUUCUUCCCUUCCUCUUGCCUUGCUUUCAGAUUCUCGCAUCUAUCCUCAAGCCGCUCCCGGGAGUGGCGUGGCUGUCAAAAGAUGAACUGGUGGGAAUUGUGGUUGCUGAGAGGGAGAGGAGGGAGGCGGAGGGGAAGGAGAGGGUGGAAGAAGAGGAGAGGAGCAGGAGGGAGGGGGAGGAGAGAGGCAGGAGGGAAGAGGAGGAGAGGGAGAGUUGGGAAGAGGAGAAGGAGAGGAAAGAGAAGGAGGAGAGGGAGAGGAGGGAAAAGGAGGAGAGGGAGAGGAGGGAAAAGGAGGAUAGGGAGAGGAGGAAAGCGGAGGAGAGGGAUGGGGAGGAGAGGAGGAGGUGGGAAGAGGAGGAGAGGGAGAGGAGGGAAGCGGAGGAGAGGGAGAGGAGGGAAGUGGAGGAGAGGGAGAAGGGGGAAAAGGAGGAGAGGAACAAGAGGGAAGAGGAGGAGAGGGAGGGGGAGGAGAGGAGGAGGAGGGAAGAGGAGGAGAGGAACAGGAGGGAAGAGGAGGAGAGGGAGAGGAGGGAUGUGGAGGAGAGGGAGAGGAGGGAAGAGGAGGAGAGGAACAGGAGGGAAGAGGAGGAGAGGAACAGGAGGGAAGAGGAGGAGAGGAACAGGAGGGAAGAGGAGGAGAGGAACAGGAGGGAAGAGGAGGAGAGGAACAGGAGGGAAGAGGAGGAGACCACUGCAGCUGCUUCUGCUGCUCCUGCUGCUCCUCCUCCCACUGCUCCUGCUGCUCUCCCUUCCACUCCCGUUGCUCUCCUUCCUACUGCUCCUUCUGCUGCUCCUCCUGCUGCUCCCCCUGCCACUGCUCCUCUAGCUGCUACAGUGAUGCACCCUGCUACAGUGGCACAGCCUGCUACAGUGGCACAGUCUGCUACAGUGGCACAUCCUGCUACAGUGGCGCAUCCUGCUACAGUGGCGCAUCCUGCUACAGUGGCGCAUCCUGCUACAGUGGCGCAUCCUGCUACAGUGGCGCAUCCUGCUACAGUGGCGCAUCCUGCUACAUUCCCACAUCCUGCAAUAGUCACAGCUCCUCACCCACCUGCAAUAACACCUGCUAUAGUCACAGCUCCUUACCCACCUUCACAAGCACCUGUUUUAGUCACAGCCCCACACGCAACCCCAAUAGCACCUGUUAUAGUCACACCAUCACACCUACCUGCUAUAGUCACAGCUCCACACCCACCUGUUUCUGUUCUGAGGCCCAAUCCAGCAGGCAGCAUUCACGUCAACUCCCCAUUUCACCUCUCUUCUGCUGCUGCUUCUGGCAAUGCUGCUCUUGGUGCUGGUGCUGCUGGUACUGGUGCUGUUGCUACGGCCCGACUUGCCCCCAUCAAUGUUAACCCCACCCUGCCUGCACCCGAGCAGCUGAGCUCUUUUCAGGAAGCUUUUCAGAGCGGUGCAGGUGGUGUUGAGAGUGGUGUGAAUGGUAGCACUGAAAACGGCUCUUUAGGCCAAUUAGAGGCUCGGGCACUGGCAGCACUGGAAGACGAUCUUAGCUUCAAUGCCAAGGCUGCGGUUCAGGAGCAACGGGCUGCUGCGGAGGCUCGGGCAGUCCUUGCUGAAGCUGAGGAGCAGCUUCGGCGAGCACAGGCUGCAGUGAACCAAGCCAGGGCUGCUGCCUCUGAGGCAACCCACCGGGCCGAAGCUGCUGCAGCAGAGGCUCGGGAGGAGAUGGAUCAGCUGGCGGAGGCUCGGGAGCAGGUUCGGAGGAAGGCUGAGGAGUGUCGGCACGCUUGGGACCGCCACAUCAGCAUCGUGCGCCAGCUGGCGGCUGUAUCUCCUGGCGCGUGUGGCAGGAAAUCUUAUUCCAGAAGGCGUAAGGAGGAGUUUGAAGCGGCAGCAAGGAGUUAUGAGGAGUACUUGACGCUGUGGGAGGAGCUGGAGUGCAUGGGACGAGGGAGCCUGCCGGAAACGCCACAGGCACAGUAA